AUGGAUCGGUGCGGCGAGCUGGGGCUGGCCGGUGGCGGGCCGCGGCUGGACGGCGGCGAGCUGCCGCCGGGGUUCCGGUUCCACCCAACGGACGAGGAGCUGAUCACCUACUACCUGCUGCGCAAGGUGGUGGACGGCAGCUUCAACGGGCGGGCCAUCGCGGAGAUCGACCUGAACAAGUGCGAGCCGUGGGAGCUGCCGGAGAAGGCCAAGAUGGGGGAGAAGGAGUGGUACUUCUACAGCCUCCGCGACCGCAAGUACCCCACGGGCCUCCGCACCAACCGCGCCACCGGCGCCGGCUACUGGAAGGCCACCGGCAAGGACCGGGAGAUCCGCAGCGGCCGCACCGGCGCCCUCGUCGGGAUGAAGAAGACGCUCGUCUUCUACCGCGGCCGCGCCCCCAAGGGCCAGAAGACGCAGUGGGUCAUGCACGAGUACCGCCUCGACGGCUCCUACGCCUACCACUUCCUCUCCUCCUCCACCCGGGAUGAGUGGGUGAUCGCGAGGAUCUUCACCAAGCCCGGCGUGUUCCCCGUCGUCCGCAAGGGCCGCCUCGGACUCAGCGGCGGCGGCGGCGGGGGUGGCGACACGUCGUGCUUCUCCGACUCCACGUCGGCCUCGGUGGGCGGCGGGGGCGGCACCUCCGCCUCGUCGGCGCUGCGCCCGCCGCUCGCGGACGCCUCGGUGUUCACAGCGCCAGCCGCGGCGCCGGCCGUCGACGGCGCCGAGAGCAGCUCCUACGGCGGGGGCGGCGGCAGUGCUGCGGCCGCCACCGCCAACCUGGUCACCGGCCUUGAGCUCGUGCCCUGCUUCUCCAGCACCGCCCACAUGGAUGCCCCAUUCGGCGUCGGGCAGUACAACACGGCCCCGCUGGCCGUCGAGCCGCCGCCGGCAGCCUUCUUCCCGAGCCUGCGCUCGCUGCAGGAGAACCUCCAGCUGCCGCUGUUCCUCUCCGGUGGCAUGCAGGCGGGCGUGCCGCAGCCGCUCAGCGGCGGCGGGGCCUUCCACUGGCAGUCCAGCAUGGACGUGAAGGUCGAAGGCGCCGUCGGCCGCGCGCCGCCGCAGAUGGCCGUUGGCCCCGGCCAGCUCGACGGCGCCUUUGCCUGGGGCUUCUAG